CUGCACCACGCCUCAAUGCCAUUGUCGCAUCGUCGUUGGACAUUGGAGGGAGACCACGCCAUUGAGCCGUCGCCACCGAACUGCUGUCGAGCAACAGAACCACGAAGAGAGAGAGAGUGUGCAAAGAGAGAGAGGAGGCCGGUUCUGCCACCACCGCCGCGUCUAGCCGCCGUCGCUUGCUCCGUCGCCGCUCCUGGAGGUGGGUGGCCGAGCUUCUACUGCCGUCGAGAUCCACUGCCAUUUCAGUUGCCAUUGCCGGGUCCAGUCGCCACUGCUGGAAGGAUGGCCGCCGCUGCUGGAAGGAUGGCCGCCCUCACCGAUCUGCUCGCCGCCAUUUAUGCUUGCUGCUGCAUCGCCAGAGCUCCACGCCGCCGCCGCUGCCACCAAAAACCGCCACUGAAGCCCAGGUCUGCUUGGUUAUACAGUCACUGCGAGUUUUCCUAUUGUACGCCGCCGUCGGAGCCACCAUCCCACUGCUACCGUCUUUGCUCUGAGCCAUUGUUACAGGGAGUGUUGUUGUCGUUGCGGCUACUCGGUUUAGUCGUUCCUCUUUAGUACGGAUUUAGUCUUCGGGGCCACAUGUUGCGAUUAAGGUUGCUUAUGUUGUAGCGGAAGCGAGUGGAGCUAAGGUCGCGGUUGUCUUUGUUUUAGGGCCGAGGAAAAAGGUUUGUGUUUCGACUUGUCGAGAGUAGAGCAGCCGGAAGCGUGACAUUCUGAUAGUGAAGGUGUUACAAGAUGCAUUCAAGCUGAGGGCCGCUUCUAUAUUUUCCUGGUUGAUGGUCAACACACCGUACUAGGUGUCCAAUGUGUUUCUUAUCAAAUCAAAAGAAUAUGCCAACUCUUUCAAGAGCUUAUGCGGCACAUUUAUUGGAGGGAUGUGCAUCAAACCAUCAAAUCACAAUUCCUGGAUGAUGGCCUUCUUUUCAUUGCUCAUGUUUUGUAACUUUUCAUUCAGGAGUCUUGUCGAGCAUCUCAAAUCACGAGUUUUUUUUUGUAAACAAACGAAACAAGAAUCAUUUAAAUAAACUAUAUUUAUACAAAAAAACAAUUGAGUUGGUAUAAGAUAUAUGUGCUUACAUUA